AUGCAACCACCAUGUGCUCUCUGCAGUACAUUACUACCAAUAUUGGAGAAAUAUGCCUCAUUAGAAUUAAUUGAAGCAAUAGAUCUUCAAAAAGAUGACAUAUGCACAUUUGUUUCAUAUGUUAGUAAUUGGCCUCAAACUCGGUGUGCAUGUUUAUGUCGUGAUGCCACAACCAUAGAACGUUUUUCGUCUCUAGUUGAAUGGUUAUUGCUCUAUGUAAUAAAUUUAUUACAAACAUUUACAAUCGCGGAGAGUUUACCCGAUGAAGACAUUUCAAAUCAAUUAAAUGAAUCAGAUUCAUUGACACAAAUAUGCAGUAUCUUAACAACAACAGAUCAAGAGCAACAACGCCAAUAUCGCCAAUGGACAUUAGAAGAAAAAGAACGUCUAUUAUUAUGUGUCGCUCGUUGUUUUACACUUAAUCUACCUAUAUAUUCAGCUGCACAUCGCAAUCCAUCAUUGGCACAUCAUGUUGCCUAUUAUCAAAUGCAACAUGCAUCAGCUGAUUUUAAAACAUUUCUCUCAUCAUAUUGUCAUUUAAAUUUAUCAUCAAAUCAUGCUAACGGAAAUAAUGAUUCUCAUCAUGUAUCACUUUAUUUAUAUAGACAAAUAUGUUCAUUUUGUGAGAAUCGUGGUUUGAUUGUUAUACGGCAAGUAUUCGAAUCAGCGAAAAAUACUCGAAUGUUACCAUUAUCAAUCGCUCAUGCAUUAUUUGUUAUUUUAACUAAUUUACGGCAUCAUCUAAAUAUAGACAUAAUAAAGAAUUUUCUUCUACCAAUUCGGCCACAUGCAAUACGUUAUAUGUGUUUAUUAUCUGAUAAUGAAUUACGUUUAUGUGGACAAAAGAAUACGAAUGACUUACUAUAUGCGUCAUUAAAAGAUUUAUUUUUAACAACAACAUUUCGACAACGUUCAACAUCAUCAACCAGCGGCCUAUCGCCAUAUAAUCCAAAGCAUCAUCAUACAAUACAAUUUCAACGUUAUCAUUUCGAUCGUUUAAUGUUAACAUUGGCCUUAAAAUAUUUAACAUGUUCAACAUUAACAAUACGUUUAACCGGUUUAUCGCAUAUAACAAAUCAAAUUCAACAAUGUCUAGAUUAUACACAAUAUCGUCGUCAUCAAUCGAUGGCUGCUGCAGCCGCUGCUGCUGCUGCUGCAUCGUGUUGUUCUCAUGCGAAUACAACACAGGAAAUUUUUACUGUUAGCGAAUCUGAUGGUGAAGAUGAAACAUCACAAAAAAUUACGAACGAUGUCACAUCAUCAUCAGCUAGUUCAACUGACGAUAACGAUGAGUAUUCGUCACAUAAUCAUCAUGAACGCAAAUUAGCCAAUUGGAUUAUUGAGAAUAAAAUUAUUGAUUAUUUAUUUGGACCAAAUCUUCAUACGGAAUUACUUAAACAAUGUCUAACAAUAUUAAUAUUUCUAGCAUCAAAUAAUCGUCUUACUGUUGAACAUAUUGAUUUAAUAUGGUCUUGUGUAUCAUUAACACAUUGUAGUCGACAUAUAUUAGAUUUAUUAAUGAAUUUAGGACAAAAAAAUUUAAAUAUACAUUUACUUAAUCAUUUAUUACAAUUAAUUGGUCGAAGUGAUCGAUCUCAAUAUACAGAAUCAACAUUAACAUUAAUAAGUAUAUUAACAAAAUCAUAUUGGAGUCAAUUGAUACGUUCAUCGAAUACAAUUAUGCAAAAUAAAAAACAACAAGAAUUAACUAUGAAACAAAAAUUUCAUCAAAGAAAUUCUUUAAAUAUGCAAAAUAUUUUAAGAAAACAAAAAACUUUAAAACGACAACAAAUAUCACCGUUGAAAAGAAUUGAUAGAACAAAAAAUGUCGUAAUGAUUCGGCAUAGAGCUCGAGUACAACAUAAAAACACACCUCAUUUAAUUCGUCAAACAUCGCCUUCAUCUCCUCCUUCAAUGCCACGUUCAAUUGCUGUUAAAAAACAACCAUUACAACAGCAACAACAACCCGUCAAAGUAGGAUCGGUUGAUGAGGAUUCAGCUGAAGAAGUUAUCAUUGUUGGUUCACCUCAACAACCAACAUUGACUGAACAAAAUGUUCUAAAAUUGAUGGCAAAUAAAUGUAAAGAAUUUCCAUCGCAAAACAUUCUUAAAUCAAAUCCAUCAUCUGGAUAUGUUCUACGUCCAGAGAAAAAGACAGAUGAUCCUAACAAUGCGAAUACUGUUGACGAAUGGACUGAUGAUGAAGAUGACGAAGAUGAAGAUGAAAAUAAUGAUGAACAAUUGCGUAAUGCAAGUGCAGCUGUACGACGAACAAUACCAUUCAAUCGAACAGUUGAACCAACAUCAAGUAACGAUGAAGAAGAUGAUGAUGAAUCGGAAACUGAAACACAUCUAAUAUCUCGAGAAGUAUUGAUGCAACAUCGUGAACGAUUUCAACGUGGUACACCUGCUAAUCAAGAAGAGUCUGAUGAUGAUGAAGCAAUGAAUAAUAUGAAUCCAAAUUUAAGUCAGAUGUAUAAACCCGAAGACUUAUCAACACCGACGAAACGUCCAACAUCAGGUUCAGGUUUUAUAAUAAAUAAUUCAAAAACACUUGUUCUUCCUGAUGAUCAAAUGGAUAUUGACGAUGACGAAGAUGAUCAAAAUGAGAUAUUUGAAGAAGAUCUUCGCGGAAUGGUUUUACCAACUGUUGUACAAUCAUCAUUAAAACAACAGAUCAAUCGAAAAGCUAAACAGCAGCAGCAGCAGCAGCAACAGCUUGCAAAAGAAGCUCGCCAACAACAGGACGACGAAGAAAACAAUACAGAUCAUGAAAUAAAUUCAACGAGAAAAAAAUAUCAACAAAAAGUUGGCUCACCUGAAAGUGCUGAAGAUGCAUCUCAAGCUGGAUCAUUACCAUCGGAAAUGGAAACCGAAAUCUAUGAUUGUAGAGAGUCGAUAGGACCAAAGAAAAAACGUCCUCGCCCUAAUAUCGACGAUGGUGAUGAUGACGAUGAAGAUGACGAAGAAGAAGAAGAAGAAGAAGAAGGUGACUUUGGUUCAUCGGUUUCCGAUGUACUCAGUGGAACAGGUUCAGCGAAAAAUAUGGCUGAUUUCGAAGACAUGAGCGAAUCGGAACAACAAACAACAUCGGCACGUCGCAUUCGAAUCAAUCAUCAAUUAUCUGAUAUAGCAUCGUCAACUCCAACUGAUCAACAAACACGAAAACGACAAGACACUGAAACCAAUCUCGGCCAUCAUACAUCGUCGUCUUCAUCAGCGUCAUCGUCAACAGAAUCAACGAAUGGUUCGAGUACCGGUGGUAAUAUUGAUGAUGAUGAAAUAAAUAUUUCGAAUUUAUCUUUACCUGGUCAAACACUCCUGUGGGAUUUAUUGCAAGAUCAAACAAUAAUUAAUUUAACACAUCUACCUGAUAGUUUACUUAAUGAAACUGAACGUUUAUUUAGUCAUGUACUUAGUUCAAUUGAAGAUAAACGUAUAUUAUUACAUUUUAUUCAAGCAUGCUUAGAUAAUUUAAAAAAGUCUACAUCAAGUUUAAUCUCAUUACGUUUGUUACCAAAAUUAUUUUUAAUAUUUCAACAACAUCAACAACGUGCUAAUACACACAUAUUCCUAUUAUUCGAAGAGAAAUAUCAUGUAUUAAAUGCAUUUUUCAACGAUCUAGAACAAUUAACAAAACGUUUACAAGCAAAUACAUCAUUAAUAUCUAUACAUAAUGAAAUAACAGUACGUUUUCAAUUUUUAUCAUUUAUUUUUUCAAUAUCUGCAUCACCAAAAGACUUCAAUCUAACACAAAGUCAAGCUGAUCGAUUGUGGGAUUGUUUAACAGCUGUCACUGGCUCAACAGGAACAAACCGUGAAGAACUUUAUAAUUGGUUAUUAAGUCAAUUGAAAAAUCGAGAUGGUGGACAUGCACUUUCAUUGGAAACAUUCAAACAUCUUCUCACAGAAAAGCUUUUAACUCAAAAACCUGAACAUGUAUGUGGUCAACAAUUAAAUCUAAUUCAAGAAAUUCUUCAGCAAAGUCGUACCAAUUGGGUACAUAUUCUUCAACAGCAACAGCAACAACAAACAUCGUCAACGACAAAUUUAACGCAACAAUACAAUGAUUUUCAAACAUUUGAAUUUCUAAUAUUAAAUUAUGUUAAUGAUGUUGCUAUGCGUGCACUAGAUCAAAAUGUCAGUACAUUAGCAGCACAAACAUUAAAUAGUUAUCAAAUUCAAAAUGAAGAUGGUACACUUGAUCGUGAAGAACCAUUCAUAGCACGUUGUAUGAAUUGUUUAAAUGAAUGUAUAAAUACACUCGAUGAUUUAUCAUCGUUGCGUACAAUUAAUCGUAUAUCAGUUUUACUACGUUCACAUUUAGAAUUAUUUAUGCGACGUUAUUCAUAUGUGAUACGUCUUUAUCAAUAUAUAUCACAAACAAAUAGUACGACUUCAAAUAAUUUAUUUUCAUCAUCGUCACUUAAACCACAUAUUAAACAGUUGACACUACCCGACGAACGUGAAACAAAUAUGCUUAAGCUAAUAUGUAACGCACCGAUAACAAGUGGUGGGACAGAAAAAUAUAUAUUAAAAAUGAGUCCAAAUGAAUUUAUAGGUGAUUUACGUGCAGAAUUAACACGUUGGUAUUGCACAUUGAAACCUCCGAUGACCAAUGUUUUAACGCAAACACUAUUAACUAUUGAAAAGAAUGAUUUAACAACAUUAAAUUCGACUAGUUCAUCAGCAUCGUCAUCGGGAUCAUCGUUCGAUCUUCUUCAUAUGUCGAAUUUACCAUCGAUACGUGUUUUAGCCAAUGGACAAGAAUUGGAUAGAGAUAUUGAUGAUAAAACAUUAAGUGAAUGUAAUAUUAAAGAUAAUCAAACUAUAUUAAUAAAUGCAUCGACAAGAAAUCGAACGAAAGAUUUAUAUAAUAUUGAUGAGCGUCUCCUUAAAAAUUAUAUACCCCACAAAAUGCCAAUGAUGUUACUGUUGAAAUAUAUUGAACAAUUUUUUUCAAUACUUGCACAACUACAAAACUUUAUUGAAACAUCAUCGGAGCAUGCUGAAGCUCGUCUAGCUGUUAGUCGUUUAUGGGAAAUUCUCCUAUUGAUUCCAACGCACAGUGGUAUCUUUCAAAAUUUAUCUCAACUCAAUGAAUUUAAAGAGAAUGAAAACAAUACUGUGCAAUGGGCAAAUUGUUUAAAACGAUCGGAUCCCUUUCGUUUAACAUAUUCAUUACAGAUAAUCGAUAUGCUCAUACGGCGUAUGCCUGCAUAUAAAGAUAUAUUUGUUAGUAAAGGUGGUUUAAAAUAUUUAUAUGAUUUGUUUGUUUCAAAAUCAUUCUUUACUGAGCCCAUUGACCGCUCAUGGUGUUCAGGAUUGCCUGAUGCACUUCUAUAUACGCUUAAAAUACUUUGUUCUUGUCUAUUGAAAAUACCAACACCAUCAAGUCAAUCUUCGGGUCAACAACAACAGCAACCUCCACCGCCAUCAUCAGCGCCGCCAUCAACAAUUCCAACAGCAGCUGAUGAACAACAUUCACCACGUACACCAGUGAAUACAAGAAAAAAAACUCGACGUGAAACAACAACACCAGCAAUAAUGGCUGCAUUAUCAUCAAGUGAUUUAAUCAAUAUUGAUAAUUCAACGUCGACACCCAUCGUUCAUCAGCAAUCACAUUUUCAUAUAUAUGAACCACAUUGGGACAAUGUUGCAUUAACAGAUAAAGAAGUUCUAUUAGAUACUUUGAUUGAUAUACAAUUAUCUAUUGUUACAAAAAGUACACGUUUAUGUUGUCCAGUUGUUUUAUUACAAUUUGCUAAUCGUACAGAUCUAUUGCAUACAUCAAUGAUAUUGUUUAUAACAUUAUGUCAUUCGUAUGAUGAUAUUCGUGCUAAAUUUAUUGAACAUCCAAAAUUAAGUUUAUGGUUAAAAAUUUUAUUACUUGAUGCAUAUGAUUCAAUUCUUAAACGGGAAGCCCAACUGAAUAUUUAUCGAUUGUGCAUAGUUUCAAGUAAUAAUAAUAAUAGUAAUAGUAGCAAUUCUUCAGGUACCAGUGAGGAACUCAGUCUUCAACCGACGGCAGAUUUUCCACCACCACCACCCAUGCCAACUCAACGUACAUGCCCAAUCGAUGAAGAAAAAGCUGCACAAACAUUAACAAUAUCCUCAUCCAUCGAAUCUACUAAUGAACCGGCUGUCGAACGUAUUUGUCUAGUACCAAUUCUUACAAAUCUUCUUGAAUUGAUUCCCUAUGCAUUGAAAUUCACGUCAUCAUCGUCAUCAUCAUCUCAAAAUAAUUUUGAAACAAAUUCAGCGAUAACAUUUCAAACAUUAAAUCUUUCGUCGACGCUAAUGGCCAAAUAUGAUAGUCAUUCAUUGUUUCUCAAUCAAUCAUCACAUGAAUAUUUUCAUUUACUAACCUCAAUAAUCGAUCGUAUGCAUUAUGAUGAAAUCAAACAGAUUAAAAUCAGUAAAAAUAAACUUUGUAAUAUAAAUAAUUCAAAUCAAAUAAUACUAUUCGAUCAUGAAUUAAUUGAAAUAUUAAUCAACUUCAUUCAUGAUCACAUUCCAUAUGAAACUCAACGAGAUAAAUUAAUUGAAGAUGAAGUACUCUAUGGUUUGCUUUGUCUACUGACAUCGAUUGUUAAGCAAUACAAUAAUCUGUAUUUAAAACAAAUUAAUAUCAACAAUAAUCCAUCCUAUAAACAAUUAACAUUCACUUUAAUCGAUCGUGUAUUUAAAUAUCUAUUUGAAUUGCCAACAAGCGAAAAUCGCUUCGUGCCAAAAUGUAAAUCAUUAUUAACACGUGCAAAAUCCUAUGAAUUUCUCAACGAAUUAAUUAAAGUUAAUCAGGAAAAUUUCAUUCAAUUACAAAAGAAACUUCUUGAUCAACAUAAUUCAAUCGACCGUCAACAGCCGUAUAUAUGGGAUUAUUGGCCACGUGAUGAUGGCCGUUCCUAUUCCGGUUAUGUUGGUCUAACAAAUCUAGGUGCAACAUGUUAUGCUGCAACAAGUUUACAACAUUUAUACAUGAUUCCGGAAUUACGUACGGCUAUAUUAAAUACUGAUACGGCCGAUAAACAUGAUUUGAUAUUAUACGAAUUAAAGCGUAUGUUUGCCUAUUUACUCGAGAGCGAACGUCGAUCGUAUAAUCCGAAAAGUUUUUGUAAAGUUUAUACGAUGGACGGUUUACAAUCAUUGAAUACAGGCGAUCAAAAAGAUAUGACGGAAUUUUUUACUGAUUUAAUAACGAAAUUAGAAGAAAUGUCCGAUGAUUUAAAACAGCUUGUACGUGAUUUAUUUUGUGGUAUUCUAACAAAUAUUGUGAUUUCUUUUGAUUGCCCACAUAUAUCGAGAAAAUUAGAAGAAUUUUAUACUGUACGUUGUCAAGUUGCCGAUAUGAAAGAUGUACAUGAAUCAUUAGCAGAAUUAACUGUUAAAGAUACAUUAGAAGGCGAUAAUAUGUAUACAUGUUCGAAAUGUUCGAAAAAAGUUCGAGCUGAAAAACGUGUUUGCUUUAGAAAAUUACCGAAAAUUUUAUGUUUAAAUACAAUGAGAUACACAUUUAAUAUGGUUACAAUGCAACGAGAAAAAGUGAAUACACUAUUUCAAUUUCCAAUGCAAUUGGAUAUGAGUGGUUAUAUGGAAACAAAUUUAAUUGAUAAGAAUAAAUUAAUUGGCGAUGGAAAUCCAGAACAUGAUGAAGAAAAAGACAGUGAAAGUACAAGUAAAUAUCCACCAGCAUCUCCAUCAUCUGGUAAUGAUUCUCAUUUAUUUGAAUUAAUCGGCGUUACAGUUCAUACGGGCACAGCUGAAGGUGGUCAUUAUUAUUCAUUUAUACGCGAACGUGUUAAACGUUCAACAGAUAAUAAUAAUUUUUCAAGCAACUCCGAUCUACUAUUAGAUAAUCAGCAACAAUGUCAACAGCAUCGUUGGUAUUUAUUCAAUGACGCUGAAGUCAAACAGUUUGAUCCAUCACAAAUAGCCAAUGAAUGUUUUGGUGGUGAAAUAACAUCAAAAGGUUAUGAUCAAGGUUCCGAUCGUUUUCUUGAUUUUCAAUUUGAAAAAACACAUUCAGCUUAUAUGUUAUUCUAUGAACGUAUUGAUACACCUUCAACAAUAACAACAACAUCAAAUAUACCAACGUUACAAUUAAAAGAUUCAAUACCCUAUGCAAUACCAAAAGAUAUAUCCGAUUGGAUAUGGGAAGAUAAUCGACGAUUUGUUCGUGACCGACAUUUAUUCGAUCAUCAUUAUUUUACAUUUAUGUGGACACUUUGUCAUCAUCCAGCACCAGUUAAUACAUUAGUAAUAAAACAAGAUGACCAACAAGAACAUAGCGAUAAGAGUGGAUCAAUCACAGAAUCUUAUGAUAUGUUGCCCAUGCAAUUAGCAAUUACAUUUGUUUUUGAAACUUAUAUACAUGCAAAAGAUAAACCAACAAUGACUGGUUGGGUAGAAUAUUUAUGUAAACAAUUUACAGCUUGCAAACCAGUUGCUGUUUGGUUUCUUGCGCAUAUGACACAAGAUGAUACAUGGUUAACUAAAGUACUUGUACGAUGUCCUAAUCAUACGAUACGUCAUAUGUUUGCACGUGUGCUUAUUGAUGUUUUACAUAAAAGUCGUUUUCGUGAUUCAUCAAAUGAAGAUUCUCUUGUUGUACAACAAUUUAUUCGUAAAUAUUUAUUGAUCAUAAGCGAAGGUGGUGCACGUUUAUCAAUACGUUAUAUGUCCGAAUAUUUUGUCUUUCUUCAUGAUUUUGCUCGUAAUGGUAUUGAUGAAUGUUAUCUAUUACUUGAUUGUUUAUGCAUCCAACAAUUAAUUACAUUUUAUAUGUUACAUCGCGGUCGGCAACCCAAACAAUCGUCAUCAAACAAUAACAAUAAUGAUGAUGGUAAUACAAGUUCCGACGAUGAAAAUCAAUCGAGUACAAAUUUAUUAAUGACAACCAACGUCAUUGAUGAUGACAUAAUACCAUUAAAUACAAUACGUUUACCAGCAAAUAAUAAUUUAAAUCGCCCCGGCAUAUUUGAAAAGAUGUUUCCAUUAAUUGCUCUAUUAUUAGAAACUGAACGAACACGUUCGAAUCUUGAAAAUUUCGAUUUACAUUUAUUUGUUGAAAAUGAUUUUGCUUUUAUUCAACAGCAAAUUCUCGAUAAUAUUAAUCUGAAAGCUACAGCACAUAUUAUACAAUUAAUAUGCUAUAAAAAUGAUGUUUAUGCAAAUAAAAUUGUUAAUCUUCUCUCGCAAUGGAUAACCAACUAUAAAAAUGAUAUGAACAGUGUACAAGCAUUAUUUAAAGUUUUAACCUAUUUAAUUGAACAAAAUCCAAAUAAUAUCACAAACGAGAACAAUGAUCAACAACAAGUAUUAUCAACAUUGAAUAUUGAUAAAAAUUGGUGUGAUUUUGCAGCAUUAAUUGUUAUACGCAUCGGAAAAUUAAUUGAUAUUUGUCCAACACAAGUAUUUGAAUGGUUCAAUAAUGUUGUUAAUAAAUCAUCAAUUAUACAUCGUUGGAUUUACAAUAAUAUUAAACAAUGGUUAAAACCAUAUCUAUUAUAUAAUACAUAUACGAAAGUGCGUACACUUAUGGCACAAUUAUUAGUUGCACUGGUGCCAUCAGCAAUAUUUCGGCAAACAUAUAGAACAGGAAAAUACUUUUUAAAUCUAUCGAAACAACAAUUAGCAUCGGCAACACAAACAACGACAACACACGGAACAAUUACGUCUUUAUUAACAUUGAAUCAACAAAUAUCACCUGUUUCAAAUACAACUUCAUUCUCCGCUCUAUUUGAUCAUCUACAAUUUGCGCAAUAUCCAUCGGAUUUUACAACUGAUACCUAUUCAAUACUGCGAACGCUAUUAUCUCAUCUGCUCGAACUUCUCAUUGAAAUUGGUCAUGAUCAAAAUGAAUUACAUAUGAAUGAUAAUCAACAACGUCUUGUUCAAUAUCUAUCUGUUGUAAUUCAUUUUACACGUUAUACACCUGAAAAAUGUACUCUAUCAGAAAGUCACUAUUUACACGCAUUAUGUACAUUAAUUUCGCACCCGAAAUUAACUGAAGAUCAUACAAUAAAUAACGGAAAUAAAUUAUUAAUAUUUAUUUUAUUACAACAAUUGUUAACUGAAAAAAUCUUCUUAACAAAUACAUUAACUUAUGAACAUGAUUUUAAACAGCAAUUGCCCAUGUGUUUAAUUAUUGUUGAUCAUGAAGAUCAAGAAUUAAUAUUAUACAAUCGUUUAUUCUUAUUUAUUUAUUAUAAUAUCUUAAAACAAAUUUGUCAAUAUUCAUGGUUAUACAGUAAAGAAUUGGCAUUACAUAAAAAUAUGUCAUGGGCAUUGAAAAAUGUCUUGCCCUAUGUACAUUUAUAUCCUGAUGCAUGCGAACAAUUAUCAACCAUAUGUAAAAUAAUUUCGCGUGCAAACCGUGAUAAUCUCACGGUGGAUGAUCAACAAUUAAUUAUCGAAUUUAAAAAAGAAUUGUAUUCAUUAAUAUAUCGUUUUAAUGAUAUACGUUCAUCCUGGUCGAUUAUACUUGAUUUAACACGUGAUAUGUGCGAUUUACAAGCUUCACAUGAUGAACGUUUUCAAAUAUUAACUCGACGUGGUUUACCUGUAUUAACAACAAUAUUUUUAACGAUAUUUACUUCAUAUCAUGAUCAAACGCAAACACAAAUUUCAACUAUACAAAAUGAUUUAAUUUAUUUAUUAUGUUUAAUUGCUAAUCUACUCGAUACAGCUGAUAUACAUAUUAAAAAGCCACAAACAAAUUCAACAACAAAUAUGCGUAAUAUUGUCGGGACACAAUGGAAAGAAAAAAUGGAAUUAGUUGCAAAGCUACUUCUAUUACUGAACUCUUAUAAUUCCAGUGAAAUACGCCAACGUGCUUUUGAUCUAUUAAAGAAAGUUAUUGUACAAUUGACGAUACAAGAUUUAACACAGGUUGCAUCCCACAUUAAAACAACACACGAACAAGCUGCUUCACAAUCACAUCCACAACUUGGACCAUAUUUUCCGCGAAGAAAACAACCAAUAAAUAAUUCACAACAACAAGGAACAAUCGACCACAUAGGUAAUCAAUCAGUUCAUACACCAUUUCGGCCGCACUUUGGCAUGUAUUUCAAAACUCAACUGCUUGAAACAUCGAAAGGUCGAGAUUUAGAUUUCGAUCGUGCUGUUCAUGCUUAUUAUUCUCCAUAUCAUUUUUUUAUCGAUUCUCUAGCACGUUAUGCUUAUAAUCAAAAUUCUCUUAGUGGCUCUAUAUUAAAUCUUGUCACACUUGUUGCUUGUGAAGGCGUUCAAAGUAUGCAUUUAUGUUUAUUUGCUAAAUUAUGUCUUGAAAUUUCUAACCAAUCAACAACAAGCGCACAAACUUUAAUUCAUGAUUUACUACAAACAUCAUCAUCGUAUUAUUUUCAUCAUUUUAUUGAAAUUGUUUUAAUUGAUGAACGAAUAUCUUUAUAUCAAAUCGAUAAUUACUCUUUUCUCUAUACGUAUUUACCAAUGAUAUUAAGCAUGAAAAAGUCUUCAGCACCAACAACGCCAACAUCUUCUGCUACCGCAGCAGCAACAGCAGCAAACAUCACAACUGAUUCUAUACAGAUGUUUAUACAACGUCUCGAACAAUUAUUAAAUAAAACCUGUGAACAUUGUUUGCAAUCAAUCUUUAAUGAAUCACAAACAAACUUAGAUUGGUUACAAUCAUAUAAAAAGCUAUUAAAAUCAAUUAAUUACUCUAAUACGCAGAUCAUUGGUGAUGUGAAAGCAUUAGAAAUAUAUUUACAUUGUCAAUUAACAAAUGAUAAAAGUAAAAUACAAACUAUAAUUGAACAAAGUAUUCGAUUUAUUGAACAACAUUUACAAUUGCCAUUAUUAAUUGAUGAUGAACUACAACAGCAGCAGCAGCAGCAGGAAAGUGAAUCAACAACAAUCGUUGAUGAUGAAGCUAAUCCUGUUAAAAGACGACGAUUAGAUGAUAGUAAUUUAGCCAUGGAUAUAACGAAUAAUGAUCCUAAACGUAAAACAAUUGUGGAUACAUUACAAAUUUUGCAAACAUUUUUGACAAAUAUGAAUAAUAUAACUAAUGAAUCAACCACGAUUGAACAAUAA